AUGCGUUGGUGCAAUGAUGUUAAGGCUCAAUUCGUUUUGCCACAAGAGCCUGUUGUUGUAGCGGCCUAUUUGUCUCAACUUCACAGGAAGACUGGUUCUCCCAGCACUGUUAGUAUGGCUUAUGCUGCAUUAGUUUGGCUACACGAUGUAGUAGACGUAACUUGUAGUAAUAAUCAUUUGAAAACCGGAGUGUGUAGAAAUGUUGUUGAAGCUGCGAAACGUAAUGGCACACAACGGAAGAAUAGGAAGCUCCCUCUCUCUAUUGAUAUGGUCAAGAGAAUAGUUGCUAAACAUGGCAAGGUAGACGCUAAUCUAAAAGAUCUGCGAAUUUCAGUCAUAGUCCUCUUAGGUUUCGCAGGUUUCUUCAGAUUCAAUGAGUUAGCAAAUAUCAAAGCUUCGCAUAUAACUUUCGCAGAUGACCAUAUGUCCAUUGUUAUACCAAGUAGUAAAACAGAUGUCUACAGGGAAGGUAAUAAAGCUAUUAUUGCUAGAACGGACAAUGCCACUUGUCCAGUUCAUAUGGUCCUUAGGUAUAUGUCUGCUGCAAGAAUGGACCAUAAUGCAGACGGUCUCCUAAUCAGGCAGUUAGUAUUUCAGAAAAAUUAUAAUACUUAUGUUUUAGGGAACAAAGGAAUUUCGUAUUCUAGGUGUCGAGAAAUCUUUUUGGAAGCUCUCAAGGCUCUAGGUUACGACUCCAAACUUUUUGGGUUACACAGUCUUAGGUCCGGUGGGGCAACCGCUGCCGAAAAUUCACCUAGCGGCCCUGUAUCAGACAGGUUAUUAAAAUUACACGGGCGGUGGAAAUCUGAUUACGCCAAAGACUUGUAUAUUCAUUGCUAUCAUUAA